GUAGCGCCCCAGAGGGUGGUGAUGUGAGUAUGGAGAGCAGGAACAGGGGAUCAGCCUGUUGGAUCGGGAUGACAGCUGAUCCCUGUGCAACGCAGAAGCCAAACUCAGGGACUCAUCUGCAGCGGCUGAACACAUCGCUGACACGACUGCAAAGAUUUUCCACUACUUAACUGUUCCAGACUUGAUUUAUGAAUGGAAGAAAGCGGCAAGCGAUCAAACUGUAAAUAAGUGGAAAGUGGACUUUCACGAAGCCCACCAGCAAACCAAACCAAACCAAAACACCCUGCCUAUACCCAGGUCCUUCUUUAUCACACAGGUAAUGAGUGAACAUGGAGGCAGGCUCUGUGGUGCGUGCCGUGUUUGAGUUCCUGCCCAGUGUCUCAGAGGAGCUUCCUCUCUUUGCCGGUGAUGUUGUUGAAGUCCUUAGCGUAGUGGAUGAGUUUUGGUUGCUCGGGAUCAAAGAUGGAGUCUCAGGUCAGUUUCCUAGCACCUUUGUUGAAUCUGUCACUGUUCCCCCUACGAAAGCAGGAGAGCAACUCUAUGUGUGUAUCAGUGACUUCAACUCCUCUGAGCCAGACAGCCUGCCCCUGAAGAGAGGUGAUGUGGUGGCUGGAGAGGGCAAUGUAGACGCAGGUUGGCACAGGGGUCGGAAUGCCUGGGGCUCACGUGGACUUUUUCCCUUAUCAUGUAUGAAGGAGCUGGAGCUAUCAGGCCGCUCUAGGCAGCUGAGUGAGCGCAGUGCGGCUGCCCAGGAUUCUGAGUUGCCUCCUUAUGCUCUUGGCCAGGGUCGUGCUCUCAUGAGCCUGCACGCCCAGCUGGAUGAAGAGCUUGACUUUCGUGAAGGUGACAUCAUCACUAUAGUGGGUAUGCCUGAGCCAGGUUGGUUCCAGGGUGAGCUGGAAGGUAGGACAGGAAUCUUUCCUGAGGGUUUUGUAGAGCUGCUUGCACCUCUGCGCUCACUCCAGUCUGCCAAGCCUAUCAGCCUCGGUCAGGAGCACUAUCCCCCCUGCAGAGUGGAUGAAGAGGAGGAAAAGGAGGCUGAAGAAGAAGAGGAGAGAGUGAAGGACAUUGUAGAAAUGCAGACCCAGGAAGAACAUGAAGAGGAAGCUGGUGUGUAUGGAAUCGCCCUGUAUGAGUUCCGAGCUCUGGAGCCUGGGGAGCUAGACUUUGAUGUUGGAGACAGGAUACAAAUACUCAGAACACUAGAGGAUGGCUGGCUUGAGGGGCAGUUGCGGGGCAGAAGGGGAAUUUUCCCCCACCGCUUUGUUAAGAUGGAGGAACAUUUAGAGGAACAAGUGCCAUCUGUAAGUGAAAAAAACGGCACCUCUGACAAAGAGGAAGGGGACAGUUAUGCUUCUGAGUAUAGUUGUGGUCAAGAAGACCAAGCUUUACUGGCACAUGAUCAGGAUAGAAGAAGCCAUGAGGACUACACUGUGUGGGAUCUGGACUACUUUGAGAGAAGAGAAGAAUGCAGAGAGCCUUGUUUGAGAGACACACAGUCAGAAAUCUGUCAGGACAGAACAACCGUUCAGAGGCUGCCUCCUAAUCAGCCAGGUCCCAGGAGACAAGAGAGGCCACCACCACCACUUGUCCAUCCCAGUACACCUGGCAAUUCAGGCUCCAGGCCACUCCAGAGAACUAAUUCAGGAAAUCUGAUUCCACCCAGACCACAGCUGCCUCCUCGUCCCUGCCUCCGCAACAGGCAGAUCAGCACCAGCAAUCACAGCAGCCCUCCUGAACCACCACCUGUUCCCAGCACCAGGAACACUAGCCUUAACCGACCUAAUAGAAUCUCUUCAAGUCUUCAGAGCAAUUCCUCCUGGACCAGGAACAAAGGCUACUACGCCUCCCAUGACAGCAGAAACCCCUUCAACAGCAGAAGAUCAGACAGUCAAGCGAAGAGCAGACAGAAGAAGUUGACCCGCCAUGCAAGUAUCAGUGAUGCUGACCUUGGAACUUAUGGGCAUGAUGAGCAUAAUAUAUGGUCUCAGGAGAAGGGCACUAAUGGGCUGCCGACCUCUCACACAUUAGGCUCUUUGUCUGGUGACCUGGAAGCCAAGCUGACCCAGCAGCUGCUGGAGUUUGAGAAGAGCCUUCCAGGCAGUUGUACAGAAAGUGAGGAACAGUCCAUGAAAAACAGUCAAUCUAGAGACAUGUUUUCCCGCCACUUUUCUAUCAUGGACUACAGUAACGAGAGUGACAUCAUCAAAGGCUCUUACCACUACUUGCCCCAUGAUUCACCAUCCUCUAGCCCCAACUCCUCUCUAGAAAGACGGAAAACACGGCGCCCCCCUCCUCCUCGUCCCAGGAUUCUUAGACCACCAGCACCUCGUAGUUCUCAUGGUCACUCUUCUCUUAGCAAUGGUCAAGUUCCUCAACAGCCCCACAGGCCAAUUCGACAAGCUCCACGGCCACCUCCACCUUGUCCCCGACCACCUGUGCAGCCCUCCAACCUCUUGGUCUCAACAGAGGAUGAGGAGGGUACACAGGAGGAAAAGGUUGAGGAGGCUGAAGAUGCUCUAGAGAGGGAGAGAGACAUUGAGCAAGAGAGGGAAAGAGAGCAGGAACAGUACAGACUUCUCCUUAGACUUGAGGAAGUUGAAAGAGACAUUGACAUGUACACACACACAGCACAUGAGUUAAGUGCCAUGCUAGAAGACGAGGGAGAGGAGGAUGAAGUGGCCCAUCAGCAGGCCUUGGAGAAUCUGGAGUUCUGCAACUACACUGUGGAGACACUGACACUGGAGAAGCAGCAGUUGCAAGAGAUGACGCUACUGUCGGCCCAGCCUAAAUCUCUAGAACCAGUUCCAGCCUCUGCAGCCACCACUGAGGAUCCUGAGCAAAGGAUGCUAGAGAAAAGGUCAAAGGUCAUAGCAGAGCUCCUGCAGACUGAGAGAGAUUACAUCAAAGACCUGAACAUGUGUAAGACAGAAAUCAUCCUACCCCUACAGAGAAAACAGGCCCAGAAUGUAGACUUUGAUGGGCUCUUUGGCAACAUCGACUCUGUAAUUGAUCUCUCCACACGUCUUGAAGAAGCACUUCAGGACACUGACUCGAUAGGAAAAGUGUUCCUGGACUUCAAAUCAGAACUGGAGGAGGUGUACAAGGUCUAUUGUCAGAAUCACGAUGAUGCCAUCGCCUUGCUGGAGUCCUAUGAGAAAGAUGAAAAUAUUCAGAAACAGGUGCUGGAGUGCCUGGAGAACCUCAGAACGAUAUACCAUGGGUGGGGGAAGACUAACUACAUAAACCUGGGUUCAUUUCUGAUAAAGCCUGUGCAGAGGGUGAUGCGUUAUCCACUGCUGCUCAUGGAGCUUUUGAAUGCCACACCAGAGUCGCACCAUGAUAGAAAGCAGCUUGCAGAUGCAAUGUCAUCCAUCAAAGAAAUCAACGUCAACAUCAAUGAGUACAAAAGAAGAAAGGACCUGGUGGUAAAGUACCGGAAAGGAGACGAGGACAGACUCAUUGACAAGAUCUCCAAACUAAGCAUGCACUCUAUCAUCAAGAAGUCAAACAGAGUGAGCAGUCACCUUAAGCACCUGACUGGAAUGGCACCACAGCUCAAAGAUGAAGCAUUUGAUGAGGCAGAGAAGCGAUUCAGACUCCAGGAGAGAUUAAUCAAGUCCUUUAUCAGGGAUAUCUCUCUUUAUUUGCAACACAUACGGGAGUCAGCCUCUGUGAAGGUGCUGUCAGCCAUCAGCUUCUGUGAUAUCUACACAGAGCGCCAACAGCAGCUGGGUCCUGAGCGCUUCCAGAGAGCCCAUCGAUGCAUCAGUGACAAGCAGUUCACUGAAUUUAAGGAGAGGACAGAGGCUCUGGUCAUCUCUCCCCUCACCCAGCUGCUUUCCAUGUUUGCUGGUCCACACAAGCUGAUCCAGAAGCGAUUUGACAAGCUGCUUGACUACAAUAACUGUAAGGAGCGAGCAGAGAGGUUGAAAGACAAGCGUGUACAGGAAGAGCUGCAAGCAGCGAGGAAUAACUAUGAGGCCCUGAAUGCCCAGCUGCUGGAUGAGCUUCCCAAAUUUCUUCGUGCUGCUGAGGAGCUCUUCACCAACUGUAUGCAAGGCUUUGCCCAGGCACAGAGAGACUUCAUGUUUCUCACACUGGGAGAGCUCACUCCACUCCUGCAGCUGUCCGGUAUAGGAGGCACGGAAGGGAACCUGGUGUCACUGUUUCAGGAAGAACACAGCCGAGUGCUCCAGCUUUUACAGAGCUUCAGCUUCUUCCCAGAGAACCUGCCCAUGCCACGCAAAGCCUACGAAAAGAAAACCCUGGAGAAACAGACUCCCAAGAAGCAGCUUCUAAGCCCUCCAAACUGCAUAAUGCAGACAGAUCAGCAUCGCACAGGGUUACUUGCUCUCUACGGCCCAGAGAAACUUUUCCAGGCUGAAAGGAAUUUUAAUGCUGCACAGGACCUCGAUGUGUCCAUACUGGAGGGGGACAUAGUGGGAGUCAUCAAACAACAAGACCCCAUGGGCAGUCAGAAUCGCUGGCUAAUAGAUAAUGGCGUCACAAAGGGCUUUGUUUACAGCUCCUUCUUAAAGCCCUAUAAUCCACGACAGAGCCAUUCAGAUGUUUCUAUUGAGAGUCACUCUUCCAUUGAGUCAGGAUAUGGUGGCUCCUCCCCUGUGUUCUCACGGCAAAACAGCAACAGCACACUGACAUUCAACCAUGAGACAUCUACCGUCAGCUUCUCUUCGGGCCACACUCAAAACCAUGCAACGCUACGCCCGUCUCAGGACUCUGACGUCUCCCACAGGAUUCCCCACAUCGAUACUCCAUCACCAAGCUAUUUUCCCACCAAUCAGAGGGAUACCCUUGACUCCACCUACCGGAAUUCCUCCAAUCAGAAAGAACUGUCUGAGACUGCUGUUCGUAAUGCUGCCAAUCACAGGGAUUAUUCUGAGCCUUUGUACCAAAAUCCCACCAAUUACAGAGAUUCCUCUGACUCCAGUCACACUACACCAACUAAUCAUAGAGACCCCUCCGACUCUUCAGAGACAGACUCUUGUUCCUCCAAUAAGAGCUCUAGACAUGAUGCAUCUCAGAGGCACACAGCCUACAGCUCUCAGCAGAGACAGAACGGCGAGUAUUCAGUGCAGAAAAGGAGGCCUCAGUACUCUGCUGAUGAGUAUAUAGAGCCUGACCAUGAGCUGGAUGGGCAUCAGAUAUAUUAUGCUCUUUAUUCAUUCAAUGCACGCUGUGCAAAUGAGCUGAGCAUUUCGGCAAAUCAGAGAGUUCGAAUCCUAGAGUUCCAAGAUAUGAAUGGCAACCAGGAGUGGUGGCUGGGUGAGGCUGGAGGACGGCGGGGCUAUGUACCUUCCAACUACAUCCGCAAGUCCGAGUACACCUGAGCAUCAUAGCUGUAUGAGAGGCAGAGAUAUAUCCAGCUACCACCACAAAUAAGCUGAGCUGCAGAUCCACGUGGAAGAAAGGACAAUGUUGUGCUUUUACACUGUGAGAGAUGGGUUGAUGAGGUGAAUGAGAAAACUGAUCACUGCUGCUUUUGGGAAUAAAAUGUGACUCUACAUGACUGCAUUUACUGACUUUCUUUUAUAUUCAGUUUUGGACUUUUACCUCUGAUCUCCACAUUGUGGCAUUCUUGAAGAGCAAUUAACACUUUGCGUUUUUGAGUUUGGAGUAAGAAUGGGAUGACUUGUGUGAAAGCAUGCAUUAUGUUUGAAUGAACUAUGAAUGCCUGCAUAGGAGCAGGGCAGAAGAAGUCUAAUAAUUAUGCUAGCACUUACCUGGUUUGCUAAUGGAAAAAUAGAUCAUGAAGUAAAUGAAAUAUAAUGAAGUGUUAAAACCUGUGUUGGAUAUGUGAGCAUAACACUGGCAUGAACCAUUACCAGAGAAAGUAAAGUAAUGAGAAAGUAUGGGUGCAUGUUCUCUGGGAGAAAGCAGUGAUUUGAGCAUGGCAUUUUGGAAACAUCUAGACUUGCUUGUCAGACAAUCAGGCACAUCCCUUAUUCAAAUGUGUAUGUGAACACAAGUGUGCAAAUCUUCCAAAAACUCAGAACAAGACGCAAUAUAUGCUGAACAAUAUUUGAGAAUCCAAAUAAAAUGUGAGAGGUGUCUUUUAUAAAUACAAUACUCCCAUAAUUUUGUACUUUUUCACUUUUUGAAUGCAAUGUUCCCUACAGUGACCUGUAAUUGGGUUUUAGGAGCCAAAGCCACAUAGGAGUUUGAUCAAUAGUGAAUUCAUCCAUUGAGGCCCUAGAGGUCCUUUUGAUGCAUGCCACUUACCUUAACAUGCUAUUGAUGACUUUUCAUCAUAUUCAUCUCUGAUGCUGUAUAGUAACCAUGUAUGUACUGUACUCCAGUCACAAGCAUCUAUUUCUUUCUCAUUUGAAUAAAACUUGUAGGAAAAACUAA